CACCCUUUUCUUCCCCCUUCCCAUCCUCUCAUUAUUUGGUUGCUGCCCGCUUCCCUUCGGUUCAAUUGAAUCUGACCUGAGUCGCUCACCACCCCUCCAAUUGAGACGGAGGUUCCAUGGGGUCGGUUUGAGGUUGCCAGGUAGAGGGAAACAUCGACAAACUUUACACACUCUUCUCUUUCUCCUAGUUUCAAAACCGCUUUCUCAGCAACGAGUUGCAGAUCGCAUCAAAUCUCACAUACGGUUUUGGUAACGUUACCAAAAAAAAAACAGAAGAAAGAAAAAGUCACCAUUAUAGUAUAUUGCAUACUGCGAUUAAGCUUUUUUGACGACAUCUUCAUAAGGGCUUUUGUUGUUUGUAAAAGCUUUUGCAGUCUUUUUGUUUGCCAGAAACUUGCCCUUUCGUCAUACAUACUCCACCUUGGAUAGCUGGAGAACAAAGGAACAGACAAACAUACAGACAAGGUGCACAGACAGACGUUCGCCACGAAAAGCUCAACCCAAAAAAAAACCAUAUACCCAACCACACACCACCAUCACACCUCCUCCCAUCCCUUACCGCACACCUCCCUGACAGCCGACGCCCAAAAUCCCCGCCCACCAUGCAGCUAGGGGCGUCGGGGAGGUUAAACCUCGAAUCGAUGCCAUGCGAGAUCCUCCGCAUGAUCGUCGGGUGCUUCUCGCUCUCGCCAUACGAGGCCGGCGAACCGGUCCUGAGCCCAGAGUUUCUAGAAAACAGGCGGGAGCUGCGCCGCCUGUGUCUGGUCUCGCGCAAGCUGUGGCACGCCGCCGUCCCGUUCCUGUACGAGGUCGUCAUCACACACGGACCGGGCCAGGAAAAGUCCGACAGGAAGCUCCCGCCACUUCUGCUGCUGCUGAGAAGCCUGCUGGCGAACCCCGGGCUGAGGCCUAGGAUACGGCACAUGGCGUGCCUGGUCAGCCUCAAGGGGGCCAAGGUCACGUCGCAAGAGCUGGAUGCGGUGCGGCGGUUGUGGAACUCUGAGUGCCUGGGGAUAAGGAUCCGGACGAGGGCGGACGUGAGGGUGCUGGAGCUGGCGGACCUGCCAGUCAGGAUACGGAAGAUCCGGAAGGGCAGGGAGGAGGAUGAGGAUAAUACGCCGAUGCUGACAGGGGACGAAGCCGAAGACGAAUACGAAACUUCCUACCUCGCCGAGACGACGCGAAUGCCGGACCGGGCGGAACUGGACGGGCUAGGGGAGCGCAUAUUCGCCGCCAUCCUCUGCCUGGCGUCGAAACUAGACUCGGUGGCGUUUCAGAUGCCGCGGUGCGCGACGGUGCCGACAAAAGUGGACGAGAUCAAGUGCACGGUGACGAGUGGCAUCAUCGACCGGGCGAUGCGGGACGAGGUCGUGGGCUCCAACGUACUGCAGAACUUGACCACGGUCAAGGUGCAGCCCGACAUGCGCAUGUUUAUGUACUACGGGUGGGACGACGAGACUGGAGACGACGAGGAGCCCUGCCGCGGCGUACGGCUUGACGCAUGCCCGGGCUUGUUCAACGCGCCAAACAUCACAACAGUAGAAGGGUUCAAGGACAGCGGGGGAUGGGACAGGCUACCGACGCAGACGAAAAACGUCAAGGUUGCGGGGAUCCUGGAGCCGGAUACCGUCAGCACGAUAUGCGACUACCCAAACCUCGAACGAUUAACUAUACGGCCGGCAGCAUUAGACAUGGCCAAGGCGGAUAUCGAAGACGACGAGUUCAACUCGGCGCUGCUGAAGCGGGCAGACACGCUGAAGCAGCUCGACUUUAGAACAAUGGGGAACGAAACAUUAACCACGAGCUACGGGCCCGAAAAGAGGCUACACUGCUUGCCAAAGAUGCACAAGCUGGAGGACCUGACCAUCGAGCUCUUUGCACUUUUUGGCACAUCAGACAAGCUCCGAACCCAAGGACCGCUGGCAGACCUCUUACCCCAGGAAGACGGUGUCAUCAGCAGCAGCAGCAGCAGCAGCAGUAGCGGCUCCUGCCACCACGCAAACGGAGCAUGGCAGCACAGCCGACCAAAAUCCGGCAGCAGCCUGCGGAGGCUGCAGAUCCUGGAGCAGUGGACGUACGGUGAUCCCGUGUGCCCCCUGCGGGGUGGGGACGCUAGCGUCUUGAGUGCGUACCGCGAGGCGCUCAGGGGGGUCCUGCUCGACUUUGCAAAGGACUGCGGGGCGCAGCGGCUGCCCAGGCUGGAGAAGUUCCGCUUCGUGAGGCACGAGAUGGCGGCCCUCUCGGAUGGCAAGAGCGCAGAGGCCAUCGGGCAGCGCGAGAUGGAGGAGAAGACGAGGGCGGACUUUGAGCACCUCAAGCAGCUGUUUGCCGAAGAGGGGGUUUGCAUGGAGGUGGCGGUGUGAAGGAGAUGAGAGCAAAAGAUACAAAAAAAAGAAAGAAAACCAUUUAUAAUCAUUUCGAUUUAUUUAGACUGGCUACAUGAUCAAUCAGCAUGGCAUAGUCACAUUAUCUGUUCUAUAUUUUACUUGACCAUUUUAGUGGUCGUCCUUUUCGUCUCUCUUGCUCGUCCCUUUGCGUUUUCUUUUCCUUUUUUUCGCGUCCUUCGUCAGUCAAUUUGGGAGGGAGCCGAUACGUAGAGAAACUGGGUCCAGGAGACCUUGACAGGGGG